AUGGCGGGAUUAGAAGAUAUGGACGACUCUCUACAGCUCGAUGUUAAUGAAGUCGUUGUACCAUCGGCUGAAAGCGAACACUCAAGGGUUUCACAACAAGAAUCAGAGGCAGAACGCAGGGAUGCCGAAACUGAGCCUCAAGAGAAGCUCAUCAAAUUGCCGCUUACUCGUAUAAGAAGCAUCAUGAAGACAGAUCCAGACGUUAAAAUUGCAAGUCAAGAUGCGGUUAUCACAUUAGCAAAAGCUGCGGAGCUUUUCAUUCAAGGACUGGCCAGGGAAGCAGCUAUGAGAACAAUCCGUGAGAAACGGAAAAUUGUAUUAAGAAAACAUUUAGAUGAUGUCUUUGAAACAAAAGACAAUUAUUCCUUCUUAGAAGGUGUACUGGAGAGCUUUGAAGACUAA